AAGAAAAGAAGGAAGAAAGGAAAGGACAGGAAAGGAAGGGAAAAAAAACAAUAUAAAAAGAAUAUAAAAAGAUCUUUCGUAUGAUCGAGAUUCGCACAAGAAAAAAGAAAAAAGAGGAAUCAUGGCUACGGUCUUCGAGAGUCCAUUUCUGUCGAACCGACUGCGUCAGAUCGAAGAACGUUACGAACCGAGCACGUUUGGCAGGUGCGAUUGCACGAGCUAUAGUUAUUUAUCGUUGAGUGUCAUUCUCUUCACGGUCGGAACAGCGAUCACCGUAUUUGCGCUCGGCGAUGUCGCUGAGGGAUACGUAUUUUCCAAUUUGGGCCACAUGUGGCUCAUAGGUCCGAUCUUUAUUUGUUCCGGACUGAUGGUCGCCGUUAAGUGUAUGCUAUAUCUUAGAAGAAAGUCCGUCAUACAAAUGAUCUUUCAUCAACGACAACUUUUCAGGCAUUUGCAGGAACUGGCAGCUUCUCCGAGCGUCGGUACAAGCGGUAUGGGUACUCCCGGACCACCUUCUUACGAAGUUAUUACGCAAGCUCAAGGAUCAAAUGAAUUGCCACCUCCUUCAUACGCGGAAGCUGUUUCUCUUUUACGACAAGCGGGAAUUAAUGAUACGAAAUUGGAUUGUGGGACUGUUUCGUGCAGUACCAUCAAUGUCGAUGAGAAUAUGCGUAGCAAACCAUGAGGUACGUUUGAAUUCUGUAAAGGUAAUCGACUUGGCCUAUUUGAAGAUAUUAGCAAAGACGAGAAGACUUUAAUGUCUCUCAUUGCUGAAGAGUAUCUUAUUUGGAUGGUUAUUCAUACGAAACAAUUUGAUACUGUUUCGAAUUUACAACAAAGCAUUCUGAGAAAUAGAUCAGCAGGGUGUAUUUAAAAUCCAAUUGGUUUUGGAUUUUUUAUAAAAUCGCUAUUAGUGGCUUCCAUUUAAUAUUAAUAUUAUUAGGACAAUUGAAAACGAAUUACAAUUCAACUAUGACCUACACUUGUUGGAGAAAAUCCAAUAUCAUGCGCAUAGUUUCUUCUUUUCAUCUUGUGUUUGUAAAGAUAACAAACACGCACAGCUACGAGAGCACUAAUAAAACGUAUAUGAUUGAGGAUUAAGUUUGAUGAAACCAAUUACAAAUAGAAUGUUUAUUCAAUAAUUUCCUAGAAAUAUGUAAGUGUUUGCUUACAUAAAAGGAAAAUGAUACAAUGUAUAUAAACAGACUAUUAUAAUAUUUCAUAAGAGUGGGAUACUUAAUAUCAAAUUGGUGCUAAAUAAUGAAUUAUGUACUAGACAAAACAUUAGUGAAGUAAUUUUCUUUGUGUGCUGGCUGUAGGCUUAUACUUAAUACAUUGAGUAAUUUUUGAAAGUAAAUAAAAUUUACUAUUCAUUA